AUGUCGGCGCAGCUUCAAGGACCACAUCUUGGCUUCUGGGGUGUCAUCACAGGAGCCAAACGCAUCAUCAAUGCCCACCCUCGUCACUUCCUUGCUCUUUCUACCUUCCUCAUCCUCUCACUCUCUUUCUCUCUCAUCGGCUACUACACCCUCCACCGCCUCCUCCUCCGCUUUCUCGUCACCACCACCGACAUUCUCCUCUGGCAAUCCUUCCAAUCCAACAAUAUCAACACUAAUUUACUCUUCUUCUCUCUUAUUUACUCAUUCUUCGUUUUCCUCUUCUCCCUCUGCGCUAUCGCAACCAUCACGUAUAGCGUCUUCCACGGCUUCUACGGUCAACCCAUCAAGUUCCUAACCACUAUUAGGUCGAUACUCACGUCGUUCCUACCCUUAUUGGGAGCCGUCGUCGUUUCACAAGUUAUAGUCUGCUUAAUCUCACUUGUAUUUGGGGGUUUCUCGCUUCUGGUUUUCCGUGGAGUUGAGCUUCUUGGUGUUCAAAUUGAGUACUCUUCCCCUUACUUCAUUGGCUUCUCUGCUGUUUUUCUCCUAGCUUUCUUGUUUGUGUUGGUGAAUUUGCAAGUUAAUUGGACCUUACUAUCCGUGAUUGUGGUCGUGGAAUUCAAUUGGGGAUUGACGGCGUUGAAACGAAGUGUGGAUUUGAUCAAGGGAAUGAAAGAAGUCGCUCUUUCUUCGUUGUUGUUUCUUGUGAUUUUUACUGGGAUUUCAGUCUUGGCCAAUUCGGUUUCAUCAAUAAGUUCCAAUAAUGAAGGGAAGAACUGGGGUUUGGUGGUUCAAAUUGCUGUCGCCUCCGCUCUCCUCGUUCUGCUUCUGCUUCACAAAACCGCGUCCAAUGCUGUGUUAUAUGUCUACUGUAAGGUUAUUAAUGGUGAGCUUGCUCAGGAGAUUGCUGAGGAAUUAACUUAUAUCAGCUUGCCCUUUGAUGAUGGGAAAGUUCCUCAUGUUCUGUCAAUAAUCCAUGAGUGA